UAGACACGGAAAUAGACAAGGAAAACUAACUUCCUAGGCUUUCCCACAGUGCGUGGGCUCCCGGGGGUUUCCAGCUGCCUGCUGAUUCCUGAGGCUGGGAUGUCCUCCCUGCAGAACUAAGAGGACAGUGAGUACAGAAAGUUCAGGAAGAGCCCGAGUUCUUCUCCAGUGCCUGACCUGUGGACCACUAUGGGCAACUCGGAGGCAGAGGAGCUAUACCCUACUGAACCAGCAUGGUUUCUUCAUUCAAUAUCAUCCGUGUCGAAUAUCCUUCCCCUGCUAUGGCUAACGCCUUUCCUUCUCACAUCAAAGGAGUUAGUGAUGUCUCUGUCUCUGUUCUGGCGAGCAGCUUCCUGGAAAGCACCGCAGGCAUGCAGGCAGGUCUCUACCUAUGUCACCAAGAUGCGGUACCUGUUUGAACUUAAAGAAGAUGAUGAUGUAUGUCGAAAAGCCCAGAGUUCAGGAAUGUUUUACCUUUUCCAUAGCCUGGCUCCUUUGCUACAGAUGUCUGGGAACAGAUACCUGGCGCCUCCAUUUCGGGCUUCAGAGUUGGAAAGGCUCCUGAGCAAGUUUGGACAGGAUGCACAGAUGAUAGAACACUCAGUCCUGAUUGGCUGCUCAGACCAGCGUGAAGCAUGGUUCGCCCUGGAUCUCGGUCUGGGAAACCUUUGCUCCUCAGGUUGCUUACAGAAAUCUGAAAUGGAAACUGAGCUCCAGGGUUCCUUUAUCGAGCUAAGAAAGGCUCUAUUCCAGCUGAAUGAGAAAGAUAUUUCCUUGAUCUUCACGGCUCAGGCCCUUCUCCGUUGGCAUGACUGCCAUCAGUUCUGUGGCAAAAGUGGGCACCCCACCCAGAAGAAUGUGGCUGGCAGCAAACGCGUUUGCCCCUCUAGUAAGAUGAUCUAUUACCCGCAGAUGUCCCCUGUGGUAAUCACGCUGGUGUCGGAUGGGACCCGAUGCCUGCUGGCCCGGCAGAGCUCGUUUCCUAAGGGGAUGUACAGUGCCCUGGCGGGAUUCUGUGAUGUGGGUGAGACGCUGGAAGAGGCUGUCCGGCGGGAGGUAGCUGAAGAGGUGGGGCUGGAGGUAGACAGCCUGCAAUAUUCGGCAUCCCAGCACUGGCCCUUUCCUAACAACUCCCUCAUGAUGGCGUGUCAUGCUACCGUGGGACCAGGGCAGACGGAGAUCUGACCUCAUUGGCCAAGUCAAGACAUGGGGCUUCCUUUGUUGACUCAGUUUGAGGGUUUUGUCUCGGUAUCAUGGACUCUUAGAAUCAAAGAGGCCUCAGCGGUCAUCUAGUCAGUCCCUGCCGCCCAGUAUAGGAACCCCUUCUUCCGAGUCCCUAACAUACCUCUCCCAUGGAUACCUCCACCUGUUGAAUUCCUAGCCAUCUCUCAUGGCCCAGCUCCAAUGAAGUCAUCCAAUCUCUGCUUGCCAAAGCCACCCUGAUGUUUGGGCUUCCGUUUCUAGAGUGAUCUGUGUCAACGUCAUGUAGGUUAGUGAGCUUCUUAGAAGGAAGACAGAAGAUCCCAUCGCAUGGACCGCUACUGUACUAUCCCACUACACGGUGGAGAGAGCCCUGAACCUGGAGUGCGAACGACUUCAGUUUAAAUCCAGCAUCAGACACUUAACUAGCUGUGGGAUCCUAAGCAAGUCCCUUAACCUCUCUCUGCAGCAGUUUCCUCUCAGUAUGCUGGCUAUUAGGGCUCAUCUUUCAUGCCCUUCAUUUGUAUAUUCCCCAUGCCCUGGGGCUCUCCCGCUCUCCAGCAGGACUUUGAGUCUGUCCCUACCAGACAGCCGGCUCAGAAUACUGUUCUUCCUAAGUCCUGUUUGGAAACUGUUUUCUCACCUUUCUUACCAUGGUAGAGGCAACGUUUAAGAGCUGACGCUGUCCAGCCCAGCCUCAGCAAAGGGGAGCAGUCAAAAUGACCUGGGUUUGAAUCCUCCUUCUGAUACGUAUUGAUUGAUUGAAUGAUUAUCAUCUGGGUGACCCUGGACAAAUCAUUUAAACUUUAUUUUAUUUAAACUUUGCUCCUCGCACAAUCCCAUGGGACUUUAUCUACUAAGUCACAGAUUGGCAUGGAGCUGCACAGUGGUGGGACUGCUCUUUUCGUGUGUUCCCUACACUAACAAAAUUCAUUAAUCCAGUAAGCAUUUGUCAAGGGCCUACUAUGCGCUAAGUACCAUGUGAAUGAAAUGAAAUUGGUCCCUGCCUUCAAGGACCUUACAUUCUAUUGGGGGGGGAGAUAGGAGGAACAACACAUGCACGGAUAAUUAAUGUAAAUAUAUGCAAAGUAAGGGAGGGUCUUUUGGGGGGGAGGGGUUUCCAUUAUCAAUAAAGGCCUAUGUAGGAAGUAGCCCUUGAGUUGAGUCUUGAAAGAAACUAGGCAUUUUAAGAGCUGGAGGAAGAGGAUGAAGUGCAUUUUAGGCCUGGGGAACAGCCCUGGCAAAGAGAACCUAAACAUAUUCCUACCACAAAAAAUUUUUUUAUAGCAUCUGUCUUUAUUUUUUGUUCUUCUCUUGUGCCUUUCAGAUCCAUGUGAACUCCCAAGAGCUAGAAUCAGCAGGCUGGUUCAGCCUGGAAGAGGUGGCCACAGCUCUCAGGAGGAAAGGGUCACC